AUGACCACCCCAGAUGUUAAAUGGAUAGAAAAACUAAGAAUAGAAAAUUUAGAUCAAUUCUUCACCCUAGUGCGAAUGCAUCUAUCGUUUGUUGUCGACAUAAAUACUGACGAUGUUGAUUGUUCAACUGAUAAACCUAAGCAAUUUCGAUGGAAUUUUCACAAAAAGGCUAAAGGUUCGAAUUCUAGUCAAAACAAUGUAAAUAGCACGAAGAACACCACAGAAGUAAAUUCGAUUACUGAAGAAGGUAUUCUUAGAUUAAAUGAGCUAAUAGACUUUUUGGCCAAAUCGGAAAAUGUGACCCAAGAAGGAAUAUUUAGACGUACAGGUUCUCUUAGCCGUCAACAAGAGUUACGUCAGCUGUUGGUAACUGGCUCCAACCUAGGUUUAGAUGAGGGCAAAUUCUCGGUGCAUGAUUGUGCCUCUGUUCUAAAAGGGUUCCUUGCAGAAUUACCACAGCCUUUGUUAAUGGAUCAAUAUUAUCAAACCUAUUGCACUCUAGCUGCUCAAUAUCCUCCAAACGCCGAGUCAUCAACGACCAAGCUCCUCACUGCCCUGCAGCUAUUGUUACUGCUACUAACGCCUUCACAUAGACGUUUCCUGCAAAGAUUGCUAAGGCUUUUAAGUUUGGUGGCUGAUAAUGAAGCCUCGAACAGGAUGUCUCCAGACACAUUGGCUACGAUGUUCACACCACAUUUACUAUGCCCGAGAAAGCUGUCACCGGAAACAUUCCACGCGGACUCUAUAGCUUUAUCACCGGUUAUAAGUUUCAUGAUCCGCCAUUCUGCGAAGCUAUUCGACGCACCCACGCAACUGAUCACUGAUGCCGCCGCAUACUUCACUAUACGCGAACGCAAGAGGAUUAUGUCGCCCGAUGUCGAUUUGGAUGAAAGCAUUACAGAUAAGACUGCAGCGAAUACAGUAUAUACGUUCGUGGACCGGCCUCGAACCUGCGCCGAGAACGCCCGUAACCCGACAGAUACGGCGCUGGCACAGCUGUAUGCGUACAUCCAGGCCUUACCCGACUCCGCGCAUAAGCGACGCUUAGUCAAACACUUCAAUCGACAAAAUGGUUACGGAACACCAAUACAAAUACAAAGGACUGGCAAAGUUGCCGGCUCUCGAAGUUUUGGCGAUUCGAUCAAACGGCACAUCUUCAAUAAAGGUCUGCUAAAUAAAACCCCAAAGAAAGGAUCCAUGUCUGUCAUCAAUACAGUCGAAGAGAAGUCGUGCAAAGGGAAACUGAGAUAUUCCGAUGACAGUAAAGUCGAUGUCACUCACAAAAAUAUUGUAUUAAAGAAUUUAGCGAACAAAAUAGCUAGCACUGAAUCGUUGGAUGAGAAUGAAGAUUACGAAUCGGACGCCAGCAAUGAGAGCACAUUGUCUGAUGGUGCGCUAAAUCGGUCCAGAAAGUUAAGUCCGAAAUUCGUCUCCGAACCCAAUUUGAGUAUAAUAGAUCCGAGUGAUGAGACACCGAAGAAUACCAAAAAACGUGGGAAUAGAUUGUUCCGUUCCAAAAUAGUGACGGCAUCGCAAACUUUGAACAAGAAAUACCAAAAACGUAGUACAGUAUUACGCGGUACGCCGACAUCAUGUGUCUCUUGUUUGGACGAUCAAGAUACGGGUUCGGAAAACGAAACAUGUGGCGAUAGCGAAAGAUGUCCUGAUUUCGAAACGCCAAUUAAACCUAAACUCACCUCGGAGGACUUAGAGUUCAAAAUGCAUUAUCUAACUAGUACACCGGGAUUAGCGGAAGCGGUUAUUGAUGAGGAUUGCAAUACACCUUAUACAAUUAACUUUAGAAGAGCCUCUAUGUCCCCUAUAACAAAGUCUACGCAGAAACUUUCUAAGGCUAUGCAGGAAUCAAUAAUGACGCCACGUUCGAGAAAGCCUUUAAUAAUAACAUCGGAGCAACGCGACAGCCUUCCGGAGAGCAACAAAGAAGAGAAGAUUGAACCAGUGUCGUUCCAUUCCGUUUCGCCUAAGAACGACAGCGACUUUGUGUCGUCAGAUGACGAUGUCAUGUCGCGAUCGCCAAUUUCUUGCGACAGGUCCGGCCAUUCAGCCAGCGUGUCGCUGUCUAGAAACAAAAUACCAUUUGAUACUCGUUCCGGUUCUGUUGGUGAUGUUAGUCCCUUACGCUCUGAAAACACUCGAUUUAUAAUAAGCCACGAGAGGCGUAACAUUAUAGCUCAGGAUUUGAACACUACGUUAUGCGGUAGUGACGAUGGUCUCCUAAUCCCGAAAUUUAAAACCUCGCACGAGAUGACGUGUUUUAUCGAGAAAUCGAAAUCGUUAUCGGAACCAUUCAGAGAGUAUCUAUUAGGCAGAUCUGUCCUAACGGCAACUCCGAUCGAUUUGUCUAUUCUAAAUAAAUCGAGUGACGCUGAUCAGAGGAUAAGCGAUUCAUUAAUGUAUUGCUUAGAUGGUAACGUGCCAUCCGAUUUAACUGCGUCGAUUAGUAAUUUAGCAGUAAAUUCAAAUAGUGGCCGAUCUCCAUUAAAAGAUAUAAACCACUUUAUAGGUACAGAAUUGAGUCCAAAGAGAAAAAGAUGCGCUUCCAUAGAUGAUAUGGCGACCGGUAGUAAAAAAGCAAUGGUCGAAAAGGAAAAUUAUAAUUCGGACAAACCGGUUUUCGAAUUACGCGAGACCGAUCUAUAG